CUGGUAUGUUCUUAUUUUAUAUGAGACAAAUCAAAUUUGACUUCAUAUGAAGGAUCAUAAAAUGAAAUUACGUUGUUCGUCAAGAACAAUCUUAACAAGAGCAAGUGCAGCAAGUGUGGUAACGAAACUGAUUACAAAAGAGAGUAAAACGACCACUUUAAAGUUGCCUUUUUGGAAGAUCUGUUUGAAAUCCGAAAAUUUCUUGGCAACGUUCGGACACCUAUGUCAAUGGAGAAAAUCCCAGUUCUUCAGUUAGCUUUUCCAGCUCUCUUAUUACUCGCCACUGAACUUCUCUGUAACAUUAGUGGGAAGUCCGUGGGGUGUCUCGAAUCUGAUCGAGAAGCUUUGAUUUCAUUCAAACAGGGCCUUAACGAUCCUGACAAUCGACUCGCAUCAUGGAAAGGGGUGAACUGUUGCCAAUGGCGCGGGGUGGGGUGUGAUAAUGCAACUGGAGCUGUUACUGCAAUUGAUCUUCGUAACCCACACCCUUUGGGCGAUCAUGGGUUCUGGAAUCUUAGUGGAGAGAUAAGUCCCUCACUGACAAAACUCAAGUCCUUGAGAUAUUUGGAUUUGAGUUUCAACACAUUCAAUGAUGUCCCAGUUCCUGAUUUCUUUGGCUCUCUGAAGAAGUUGCAGUAUUUGAACUUAUCAAAUGCUGGCUUUGGUGAUAUAAUUCCUCCUAGUUUGGGUAACAUAUCUACCUUGCAAUAUCUUGAUAUGAAGAAUUUGGAUGUAGUAGUUGAUAAUCUUGAAUGGGUUACUGCACUUGUGUCUUUGAAGUAUCUUGCAAUGAACAGCAUAGACCUUUCAACAGUGAGAUCAGACUGGCUUAAGAUAUUGAGCGAGCUUAGAAAUUUAACUGAGUUGCAUAUGAGUUAUUGUGGGUUAUCUGGUGCUAUUUCAUCUCCCAUGACAGUCAAUUUCACUUCUCUUUCUGUCAUAGAUCUAUCUGGAAACAGAAUCCAUUCUCAAAUACCUAAUUGGCUUGUGAACAUUAGUAGCCUGACCUCCAUCAGUAUGAGUUACUGUCAUUUGUAUGGUAUAAUUCCCCUCGGGCUUGGUGAUCUACCGAAUUUACGCUUGUUGGACCUAUCGGAGAACGGGAAUCUCUCGGCGAGUUGCUCUCAGUUAUUUCAAAGAGGAUGGCAUAGGGUGGAAGUACUUAUACUAGCUAACAACAGAAUUCACGGAAAGCUUCCAUCUUCCAUGGGAAACAUGACUUCUCUUGCUUACUUUGAUCUUUUUUUGAAUAACGUCGAAGGAGGGAUUCCGAGCUCCAUCGGUAGACUUUGCGACCUAACCUUUUUCCGGUUAAUGGGGAAUAACUUGAAUGGGAGAUUACCUGAGUCUCUUGAAGGAACUGAAAACUGUUAUCCUUCAUUACGUCCACUGUUUAACCUGGAGUACCUAUAUUUGUCCCACAACAAAUUGGUUGGUGGAUUGCCUGAGUGGAUAGGUCAACUUGAAAAUCUAAUUGAACUAAGUUUGGAUUAUAACUCUCUUCAAGGCCCCAUUCUCGCUUUCAGGUCCCUUAAGAAGCUAUCUACAUUGGGACUAGCAGGAAAUGAGCUGAAUGGGACUCUCCCUGAGAGUAUACGACAGCUUUCUGAGUUGUCUAUUUUGGAUGUUUCAAACAAUCAAUUGACGGGUACAAUCUCUGAAGCACAUUUCUCAAAUCUAAGCAAGCUGAAAAUCUUACAUCUAUCGUCAAAUUCUUUGAGACUAAACGUCAGUUCCGACUGGGUUCCUCCAUUUCAAGUCGGAAAUCUCGACAUGGGUUCGUGCUACUUGGGUCCUUCAUUUCCACUUUGGCUCAAAUCACAAAGUAAAGUGCGGUUCUUAGACUUCUCAAAUGCCAGCAUCUCAGGUCCUAUUCCGGACUGGUUUUGGAAAAUUUCAGGGAAUCUAGCUCUUCUAAACUUCUCUUGCAACCAGUUAGAGGGACGACUACCUAAUCCGCUAAAAGUAGCUCCCUUUGCAGAUGUUGAUUUAAGCUCCAAUCUCCUUGAAGGACCUAUUCCCCUUUCAAUCUCUGAGAUUGUUUCGCUGGAACUUUCAAAUAACACAUUCUCAGGUCCUAUACCGAAGAAUAUAGGCAUGACGAUGCCGAACCUUAUAUUUUUGUCUCUAGCCAAUAACCGAAUAACAGGUGAAAUACCAGACACUAUAGGGGAACUGGAAAUUCUUCAAGUCAUUAAUCUAUCAGGGAAUAACUUGACUGGUGAAAUUCCUUCAACUAUUGGGAAUUGUUCGUUGUUGAAGGCAAUCGACCUCGAAAAUAAUUAUUUAGUAGGUCAAAUUCCAGACACAUUGGGUCAGUUAGAUCAGCUUCAGACUCUUCAUCUAAAUGAAAAUAGGCUCACUGGAAAGCUCCCACCAUCUUUCCAAAAUCUCUCAAGUUUGGAAACUCUAAAUCUUGGGAAUAAUGGUCUUGUGGGUAGUAUUCCUCCUUGGAUUGGAACUAGUUUUCCAAAUAUCAGAAUUCUUAGCUUGAGGUCAAAUGCAUUUUCUGGAGCAAUUCCUGCACUUUCGAAUCUAGGCUCAUUGCAAGUCUUGGACCUGGCACAAAAUAAGUUGAAUGGCUCCAUUUCGAUUGGUUUUGGCAAUCUCAAAGCUAUGAUCCAACCCCAGAAAACAAACCACUAUCUAUUCUAUGGGAAGUACAGAGGCAUCUACUACAAAGAAAAUUAUGUCUUGAAUACAAAAAGCAAAUUAUUGAGAUACACUAAGACCCUUUCCCUGGUAACUAGCAUUGAUCUCUCCAGAAACGAACUAUAUGGAGAUUUUCCCCAUGAUAUAACAGAGUUAGCUGGGUUAAUUAUCUUGAACUUGUCUACAAACCAUAUAAGUGGUCAGAUUCCAGAUAACAUUUCAAACCUGAUAGAAUUAUCAUCUCUCGAUCUCUCAAACAACAGACUAUCUGGUCCCAUUCCUCCAAGCUCAACUAAAUUGACAUCAUUGAGUUAUUUGAAUUUGUCAAACAAUAACUUGUCAGGAAAGAUACCUGUUGGAGCUCAAUUUGAAACUUUUCCUGUUUCAUCUUUUGCUGGAAAUCUCGGUCUCUGUGGAGACCCUCUUCCUGUAAUGUGUCAAGACACUGAAAGAAGAGCAGAUGGAGGGGGGAGAAAAGAAGAUGAAAGCAAAAAUGAAGUGAUUGAUAAUUGGUUUUACCUGAGUCUUGGGGUUGGAUUUGCAGCUGGGCUGUUAAUUCCUUUCUGCAUUUUUGCAGCCAAAAGAUCUUGGUCGAAUGCUUAUUUCCAGUUGGUCGACAAAGUUGUGGACAAGGUUUCUCCAUCUUGACGUGGAAGAACUAUAGACUCUUAAUGUAGGAAUAAUUGAACUACAAAAAUUUCUUCUCCUUUUUGUUUUUG